GCGUCAGUAUACGCGGACGCCCCCGCCGUAAAGUGCGCUCUCAGUAACUUGAUUAAAUUUCCUUAUCAGAGCGAUCUUGAUACGUGACGUUUUCUUUGUAUUUGAGUGAUAUAGGUAACUAUACUGAGAAUUGCUUAACCGUUAAUUACAUUCGAAAGCGUAGGCUACGCCGAUAAAGACUCGUUUGAGCUGAAGCAAGCAGAGCGUGGUGGCAAUAUAAUAACUGUUGUUGUGAGUGAUAUGCCAUGAAGUUUCAAGACACCAUGGCAAACGGAACUGUAAAAGUGCCUAAGGACCCCGUCCUGCUUAACGGCUCCUCUUACGGCAAAGGCGACAGAUACACGGCAGCACCCAACGAAAUAUUUGUAAACAGAUCGUUACAUUUAGAAAAUGUUAAAUUUUAUGGGUUUGACAUGGACUACACAUUGGCAGAAUACAAAUCACCGCAGUAUGAAACGUUAGGAUUUAAUUUAACCAAAGAAAGAUUAGUACACAAGGGAUAUCCUCGUGAAAUAUUAGAAUUUGAAUAUGACCCUUCGUUUCCAGUAAGAGGCCUAUGGUUUGACACAUUAUAUGGUAACUUGUUAAAGGUAGACGCAUACGGAAACAUUUUAGUAUGCGUGCAUGGAUUCGAAUUUCUAAAGCACUCGCAGGUGUAUGAAUUAUAUCCUAACAAAUUCUUGACGCUAGACGAAUCUAGAGUAUACGUACUGAAUACGUUGUUUAACUUACCAGAGACCUACUUGAUAGCAUGUUUGAUAGAUUUCUUCACCAAUUCGCCGCAGUACACGAGAGAGAAGACGGGAGUACGAUGUGGGGAUCUAGCAAUGUCGUUCAAAUCAAUCUUCCAAGACGUAAGGAGCGCAGUAGACUACGUUCACAUUCACGGCGAUCUCAAAAAGAAGACUACAGAGAACCUGGAUUUGUAUUUGAAGAAGGAUGAGAGGCUGCCAAUGUUCCUCUCGAGAAUCACAGAGAGCGGAGCUAAGCUGUUCCUGUUGACGAAUAGUGAAUUCAAUUUUACGGAUAAAAUUAUGAACUAUCUGUUUGAUUUCCCGCACGGCGCUAAGCCCGGCGAGCCUCACAGGAACUGGAAGACUUACUUCGACUGGAUCGUGGUGGACGCGAAGAAGCCGCUGUUCUUCGGAGAGGGCACCACUUUGAGGCAGGUGGACACUCGCACCGGAGCCCUGAAGAUGGGCCACCACGUCGGCCCGUUGCACGAGGGACUCGUGUAUUCUGGAGGGUCGUGUGACGUGUUCACGGAGCUUAUCAGCGCCAAAGGGAAGGAUGUCCUCUACAUCGGAGAUCACAUCUUCGGAGAUAUCCUGAAGUCUAAAAAGAUUGGUGGAUGGAGGACCUUCCUGAUAGUUCCAGAGUUAGUGCAGGAGUUGCACGUGUGGACUGACAAAUGCCAGCUGUUCGCACAGCUUCAGAACCUUGAUAUACAGCUCGGAGAUAUGUACAAAGACUUGGACUCCAGCACGAAGGAGAAGCCAGACAUAUCCAAACUGCGCAUGGCCAUCCGUGACGUCACCCACAAGAUGGAUCUCGCGUACGGCAUGCUAGGAUCUUUGUUCAGAUCUGGAUCCAGGCAGACAUUCUUCUCGUCACAGGUGGUGAGGUACGCGGACCUGUACGCGGCGUCAUUCCUGAACCUGAUGUACUACCCGUUCUGCUACAUGUUCCGCGCGCCCGCCAUGCUCAUGCCGCACGAGUCCACCGUCGCGCACGAGCAGCGGUUCACUGUCGACACGCCAACCAUCGACCGUUCUAGGCAUCCCAGCGCCCAGCGAGGAUUUAGCGUCCACUCGCUUUCUGAGGACACAAUCGAAGAAGUUGUGCCUGCCAAAUGUCAGACCGAUGUCGUCGAUAAGGCGUCAAUGGUGCCUCACGCGCGGCCCGAGACUCCUCGUCAGCUCACGCACACACACGACGAAGACUGCUCCGACGACGAGGACGUGGCCAAGGCCGCCGCCAAGUAGACGCCACGCGACCGGGACGAGCGGGCGACUAACGCAGAACAGAGGGCUUAGUGUGAGUUUACACCAAACGUCGUCACUAGCAAGCGAGAUUUCAGUUCUUAAGAGUUUCCGCUAGGGGCGCUGUACAAUCCGUCAUACAUUUAAUGUCACUUUUUUACGCAGUCGACAUCGGAUGCGUUUGACGUAAACUCACACUACGCUCCCUGAACACUCGAGUAGCAAUUAAUAAGGUCAGGGUAUUGAAGUGUAUUUCGUCGACUGGGGGCUGAG